GCACAGUCUCUACACACCUUUUUCCAUGGAGUAAUUAAGGUCUGCCUCAGAGUGAGAGAGCACUCCCUGCCCAGCUGUGUAAGGGAGAGGUGACAGCACCACCACCACCAAGCAUGAAGCUCUUGGGGAUUGCCUUCUUUUUCCUAGCUGUACUCUGUGUUUGCACUGUAGGAGAAGAUGGUAUUCCAAACAGUACCGUCAGUGCAAAUGUUUCUACAUCAACAUCAAAGUCUGUAAUGGAAUCUGUGAAUGCAACAACUUUACAAGCAAACACAGUGGAAGUGUCAGUGCUGACGACAACUGCAGUCAUAGCUACAAAUGAAUCCAUCACAAGCAACUCCACACCUUCUUCACCUAAUGCUACACAACAAAUAACACAAAGUACAACAACACAAGCACCAGUAAAAGUGACCGCUACAUCAGCAGAUACAAGUGACAGCACAACAAACACUACACAAGCAAGUGGAACACAGCUGGCACAAAAUGUGAGUUUGGAUGCUCUGUCUACUGAGGGGUGGUCUUUUUCUUCUGCAGUCUCUCUACAGAAAACAACUUCUGCUCCUGGAACCUCAGGCCUUAACGUGAGCUCCACAACAGAAUCGACAAAUUUUAGCAAUCCUGGAAUCAAUUCUGAAAACAAGAAGGUGCCAGUGAGUGAUACGCACUAUUCUAGUGUUAUCUUGCCAAUUGUCAUCACCUUGAUAGUUAUUACCCUCUGUGUCUUCUCACUGGUGGCUUUGUACAGAAUAUGCCAGAAGAAAACUCCAGAGAGACAAGAAAAUGGCACUGAACAGGCCCAGUCAGAUAAAGAAGGAGUCAAACUUCUUUCUGUGAAGACAACUUCUCCUGAGACUGGAUCCAGGUGGAUGCCUCUUGGAGCAAGUGAAGAAGCUGGGUCUCUAGGAGAGCACUCAUCUCAGGGGAAGAGUAAAACUCGGCAACUCUUCACACCUCAGCAAUAAAUACAUGUGAAGCAGUCUCACAAUAUGCAGGAACAUCCCACCAAAGUUGCAGUUCCACAGGAAACGUGGAGCAGCUGAAGCUUUUUACCAAGCAGGACACUUGCCUUAAUGACCAGCUCUUUACUUCUAAACCUCAAGUGUCUCCUGUCCUUUCUGGAAUGACACAUACUUUUUUGAUGGCUUAAUAACUGGUAUAUCAUAUGUAUUUAUUAUUUUCACGUAUAGUAAAAGCAGGAAAACUUUAAGAAGGUUGAAGAGAAUGUAACAAUCAGGUGACAUUUGCAUAGUAGUUACUAAAAAGGUUUUCUGCACGUACAGGAAGGAAUACGUUAGAAUAGUUUGUCGAACUUAUGGUAGAUAUGGUUCUUUUAACUGUAUGUAGCAAAAUACAAACAGGGCCUGACCCUUGGAACAGUACUGGGCAAAUUGCCACUAUGAAAAUUAAUUCAGUGACUUCCAUGAGAUUUCUCACUGUAGCACACACUUCUCUUGUCGCAAAUGUUUACAGGAUGGGAUGCCUGGGUGAAAUGCUGAAGUGUGUGCUUUCUUCUGUGAAGGGGGGAAUAUACCUUGCACUGAGGCUCUUUGAAGUUCUGUAAAUUACUGAAUAUGAUCCUUCUAAUGUAGCAAGCAACAUAGUUUAUUUUCACCUGUUCCGUGGCUAAUUGCAUUACUGUGCUAUAAAUAUGUCUCCGAUAUAGCCUGGGACGCACAGUCGGGAUCAGCAGGAUAAGCAAUUUUACAGAUGAACCUUCUUCCCUCUGUUCUGAGUAAUGCAUGGGAUUCCUCUGGGCUACUGAAUAACUCUGGAAGUUUAAAGAGUGUUUCAAGUGCUAAUUACAGACUCUCUUAAUUUGUAUAGAGCUGGCAAUUCAAAAAUAUCAAGUAGUGCUUCUACCUGCAUGUAUCCUACUUUUCUAGAACUAUAAAUGUUUGAAAAUUAUAUGACUGUGAGCAUCUGCUCAGUCUCAACCCACUGACUCUGGUAGCAUGCCAAGAACUGCCAUUGUUUCACUGGCUAAUGGAAAGAAGACAACUGGUGGUGUAUAUGCAGGACCAAGAGCCAGGAUGAUGAUCUAAGUUUUUACACAUGUUGAUGCAAUGCUUUUGAGGAACUUCUCUCUCCAAUUUCCCUCUCUGAAAUAAUAAAACUUACCUAGAAGUAUGGUCAGAUAUUGAGCAGAUUUGUUAGUUCAUGGUUUUACAGGAAGCUGAAGAGCGUUCAUUUCCCUGUGCUUGAUCAGUGCUCUUCUCUCCACUUUGAUGGGUCUAAUAAUCCUCAGUCUUAGUGGCACCAAGAAAAACUUUUGAUGAAGCUCUGUAAAAGAUGGGGAACCAACAAGUGUCCUCUGUGCUGCAGCUGAACUUACAUGGUUCAUUCCUGGAUCACUUGGGUUGCUCAGGAGCAGAGCCUUGGAUGCCUACUUUGGAAAGGUCAGGCCAUCUAAAAUAUGCUAGUUGACAUCUGCAAAUUUUCAGCUUCCUAACUGAUGAAGUUUCCUAUGAAAAAAGCAAUCAUUGUGGAUUUUCAUGUUGAUUUAAAAAAAAAAAAAAAAAGAAAAGAAAAGAAAAAAAAGUAUUUCGUAGCAUAUUGCAUCAUACCAAACGGACAGUAGAGAAAAGCAGAGACAGAUUGUGAAAUAUAUAUAUAUGUUUGCGCAAAAUUUGUUCAGAAAUUACCGUGAUGUGUCAAGAAAAAAAAAAAAAAAACAACUGCCUAUUAAAAGUUACUCUCUUUAUUAAGCAG